CUGUGACAGUAUAGCACUCUACAGAGGGCAAAAAGUGAGACUGUCUCCAAAAAAAAUUGAAGGUAAUUUUCCUUGUGUCCUUGGUAUGCAGCUAUAAUUUUUGUACGAAAUAUGUAAAUUGUCUAUUAAUUCCUCACAAGCCAGGUUAUUCUAACCUGAAAUUUAUGCAUUAGAAUGAUCUUAAUUGACAAAUGGAUAUGGAACUAAAACUUGCCUGCUAAAUUUAAAGCCUUCUUUCUUGUGUUCUGUACAACCACUCCGGAUAUCUAGUACCACUGGAGAGUAACACCCUUCUAGUACUUCUGUUUCUGUUUUCCACGUUUGAUGUAUUUUCUCUUGUUGGAUAUUCACAUCAAGUGCUUUAGCAGAUAUUGUGCCUUUAUGGAAUACAUUGUGCAAGUUCAAGCAAGUGAACAUUGAUUUACAGUGAAGAUAGUCUCUCUUUAUGGGUGUUUAUAUUAAUUUGGAUGGAAAAAAGUAUAUCCAUGCAGUUGUUUUUAUUCUUUUUAGCUGUGGCUGUUUGGAAUCUCAAUGAGUGAAAACACAUUUGUGUCACACCCUCAGAAAGUAUACGUGUAGUUACAGCUCAUUAAGAAAGGAAAAUUGGAAAUGUUAACACAGGUAUCAUUAUUGCUAGGUUCAUUUGAGGUCACGGCCAGAACCCAGAGUUCUGAACAAAGGUGAAAUCCAAUAUGGUUUUGAGAAGGGAAUUCUCCUGUGGUGUUACACAAAUGCACUUUGGGUGUGCUGGGCCCCCUGGAAUUUCAGAAGCCACACUGGGCUUCCAUCAAGGCUUACUGACAGUAAUCUGCCUUCUCUUCAAAGGGGGAAGAAUUGCAGUGGGCAGCAGUGGAAAAGGAAGAGGAGCUAAUCACAAACAGCAGGAUGGAAGGACCACAGGGACCACCAAGAAAGUUCAGAGUAAUCCUUUGUUUUCUGCUCAGCACCUUCCUCCUCAUGGCUAUCCCUUAGAACACCCAUUUAACAAAGAUAGCUAUCGGUAUAUCCUAGCUGAGCCUGAUCACCACGCCCUUGACCCUGAGAAGCUUGAACUUGAAUGCUGGGCAGGAAAACCUAUUCCUGGACACCUCUACAGAGCCUGCCUGUGUGAACAGGUUUUGUUGGCCCUACAUGACAGAGCUCCCCAGUUAAAGAUCUCUGAUGACCAGCUGACUGUGGUUGGAGAGAAGGGUUACAGUAUGGUGUGGGCCUCUCAUGGGGUAAGGAAAGGUGCCUGGUACUUUGAAAUCACCGUGGAUGAGAUGCCACCAGAUACUGCUGCCAGACUGGGUUGCUCCCAGCCCUUAGGUAAUCUUCAAGGUCCCUUAGGUUAUGAUAAAUUUAGCUAUUCCUGGUGGAGCAAAAAGGAAACCAAGUUCCACCAGUCCAUUGGGAAACACUACUCUUCUGGCUAUGGACAAGUAGACAUCCUGGGAUUUUAUAUUAACUUUCCUGAAAACAGACACAGCCAAGUCAUUGCCUGAUACUUAUAAACAUAAGGUUAUUACAAAAAUUUCCAGAUGGAACAGCAAGGUUGAAAGAAUUUAAGAGCUGAAUACUCAUCACCAGAUUCUACCAUUUAAAUGUUUCUUCC